AUGACAGGGUCCUUCUGCCACCUGGAAAGCCUGGAAUUCCAGCAUUUUAAUUUUCCCAUUCUGGAAAAGUUUACUUCCAUGGACCAUUAUAAUCACUGUUGCUCUAGUUGUACCGUCUGUUUCAAUAGUUUAGUGCUUGAAGCAGAUGUUACUGGCAGGAGUCCUCACGUGCAUGUUGCUUCCCAGCAACAGCGGCGCCGAGGAGCAGCAGCAGACGCGGGAAGGCCCAUUAAAUCUCGAGAAAACUGGAAACAAAAAGAAAAACUGCUCUUUACAAGACCUCAACCACCGUUACUUACAACGCCAUUUUCCCUACAAACCAGCGUCAUUCCCUUGACCUGUUACUUAAGUAAUACAAAUGCAUGCCAAGGGAGAAAACUUCGCCGCAUGAAAAGCACCAGUGGUGACUUUGAUAAGCUUCUCGAUGUGGCUACACUUGACAGCUCUACUAUCGAGGAACUGACACCUGAGAAAGACACACCCGAUCUUGGAGACAACCCCAAGUUCUUGACAGUCUGGAAAAGCACUACCACUACCUAUACUGUCACUACCACCUCAUACAACAGAGGCAUUACUGUCUCUGCUUCUGCUUACUGCACUUAUACAGGUUUCACUGGGCCACUUUGCUGAGCCUUUGCGAUGGCUUGG